AUUAGUAUACCGCGACCGUACACCAGCAGCCAUGGCUUCCAUCUUUACGCACACACUCUUUGGCUUCGACUGCGGUUUAGACUGGCGCCCGACUGCGUUCGUGAAGCCCAUUCCGUCGACCAGAAUGUGCAAUGCCUGCGGACUUGUGCCAGCAAAAGCGGUCACACUGCCUUGCCGCCACCUGCUCUGCUCGAGUUGCUACUGCCGCAACGGAAGCAAGCGUGACCGCUGUCCUCUAGACGGAGCAGUCUUCCAAGACGAAGACGUGGCGACUACCGUCUUUAGCAAGGAAAGUGUUUUCAGUCGUACGGUUCGGUGCUGGAACGCGCCACAUGGUUGUGACGUCGCAGACCUCGCUCCUGCCAUGAUGGAGCACUUCGCCACCGCCUGCCGAUUCCACGUCGUGCGGUGUUCCAAGUGCUACGGUGAAUUCUUGCACGCGGACCUCGCCGACCAUUUGCGGUCAUGUCGAGCAUCGUCUCCUGGUACAGGGCAGCCGUCCGGAGACAACCUUAUCAACGCAUUUUCGGAGGUGAAAGUCGCGCUCAAGAAAAUAUCCGAGGCGAAGGACUCGAUCAAGGCGCGACUCGAAUAUAUAGAACCGCUUCUCACUUCAGAGAAGCGCGUUUCCGUUCAAUCUGUGCGGCCAAUUCUAACUGCAAAGGCUGAAAUGCAUGAUCGGCGCCUCAAUAGUGUCCAAGGCAGCUACAGCAAGGUCAAAUUCAACACGGCGCAUACCACCAGUGCGAUGCGCUUAUUGGAGCAAGAUGGCUCGCGUCACGAAGGCCCUACCGAAGCAAAUGUUCAGCCAAAGUCAGCGGCAGUGACAAACUUCAUAGCGGCCAGCGAACGCAAAGUAUUCGAGUUCUCCGAGGUAUCCAACCGUUUCAUGGACAGCCUGAAAAACGGAUUCACGAAAGCGUUGAUCGAAGAGCGAAACAAACCACCACCAAAGGUCGAACGUGACUCGAGGAUGCGAAGUGUUCUAUCAGAAAUGAGCGUGAAGAUAGGCUCGCUCGAGUCUGAUAUCGCCUGUAAGGAAACGGUGUCGGGAGAGGACUUCUCGAAAGCUCUCAAACUCCUCAGCGUCGCGUGUCUCGGCGUCACUAACGAUGCCUUCAACGUUUCGGCGCCGCUUGAGUGGACGGUCGACGACUGGGCCUGUCGCGAAGAAUCCAGCAGCGAGUGUGGCUCGCUCACGUGCGUCGGUCCGUGUGCCUAUUUUUACGGAUACCUCAUUGGCUUUCGGCUGACCAUUUACCCGAGCAGUGACGAGCUUACUCUGACCCCAUGCGUGCUUAGAGGCAUAUAUGACGACUUCCUAACGUGGCCUCCGAGCUUGGUUCCCACGGUGCGGUUCGUCCACCCUGACGACUUCGAUCGUGACGUAAGCGUAGCGGGUGGUGCCACCUGGAAGAACGGUACAACCAGGACUUAUCAUUUUCGUGAUGUGCUUUUUGAAGGGCCGAUCCUUCACAUUGGCCUUCGAGAGUUGAAGGAAAACGACCUUAUCGUAAACGACGUACUCCGCUUGCACUUCGAACUCUAUCGUCCGAACACUGCACAUUCCAGCAUAUAAGACCACUUGCCCCCUGCACUGUC